AUGCUGUGGGUCAAUAUAUGCCUGACGACCCUGUUGCUCUUUGCUCUGCCAAGUGACCAAGCUACCACUGCCGGCAUCAAAGAAUUGAUCGCACGUCGCUUGCCGAACCAUGUUGACAAAAUCCAACUUCAGCUCAUUGACGAGAAAGGCACAAACUGGACUCAGAAUGACCAAUACAGUGUGUCAUCAGCAUCCAGUGGUGCUAUACUGGUUGAAGGCAACUCGGUGUCCGCCAUAGCAGUCGGCCUACGACGGUACCUUACCGAGAAAGCCAAUGUGGACAUUUACUGGUACAUUGGGAGCCGGCUUCAGCUCGCUCCUACCGUCCUCCCCAAUCUAUCGGAGCCUUUGACCGGGUCCAGUGUUGUGCCAUGGCGCUAUCACUUCAAUACAGUGACAUUUUCAUACACCACACCAUUCUGGUCUUGGGAAGACUGGGAGGCCCAGCUCGACUGGAUGUCCUUACAUGGCAUCAACCUCCCCUUGGCAUGGGUUGGACAGGAGAAGCUUUUGGCCGAAACAUUCCGCUCCUUUGGCUUCAACGAGAGUGAGAUAUCUGACUACUUUAGUGGUCCAGCCUUUCAAGCCUGGAACCGUUUUGGCAACAUCCAGAGCGAUUGGGCUGGAGAGCUGCCCACAUCCUGGAUCGACGGGCAAUUCGAACUGCAGAAGAAAAUUGUCCAACGCAUGAUUGAUCUAGGCAUGACUCCAAUCCUUCCAGCAUUCACCGGCUUCGUACCAAGAUCCAUCACUCACGUCUAUCCCAAUGCCUCUGUGCUCAUUGGCUCCGAGUGGGAGGACUUUUCCCCCGAAUUCACAAACGUUACGUUCUUGAACCCGUCAGACAAUCUCGAACUCUUCACGAGCCUCCAGGAAGACUUCAUCGCCAGACAACGAGAUGCCUAUGGGAACGUAACGCACUAUUACACCCUUGACCAGUACAACGAGAACGAUCCCUCGUCCGGCGAUCUCGACUUCCUCGGCAACCUCACACAAAACACGUGGCAGUCCCUCAAGGCAGCCGACCCUGAUGCCAUAUGGGUGAUGCAAGCUUGGCUGUUCCAUGCCGCCGAAGACUUUUGGCACAACGACCGCAUCGAGGCCUAUCUUGGCGGCGUUCCGGAUAGCGAUAUGCUAGUAUUGGAUCUGGCUUCAGACUCAAACCCACAAUGGCAGCGUACAAACUCGUACUUUGGCAAGAACUGGAUCUGGUGUCAACUCCACGACUAUGGUGGGAAUCUAGGACUGUACGGGCAGGUGAUGAACCUUACCAUCAACUCACUGGAAGCCUUGAGCAACUCCAGCUCGCUGGUUGGAUUUGGUCUCUCAAUGGAGGCUAUGGAGGGCAACGAAAUAGUAUACGAUCUACUAUUGGACCAGGCGUGGUCGGACGAGCCAAUUGACACCGACGUCUACUUCCAUGACUGGGUCACGAGCCGUUAUAACUCCGGCAAUGAAAGCUUUCAAGUACCAGCCCCGUUAUACGAUGCAUGGGAUCGCAUGCGCACAACGGUCUACAACAACACCAACGUUACGGCGGUCCCAAGUGUACAGAAAUCGCUACUCGAGCUCUCGCCGAGGCUGAGUGGCAUUUACAACAAGACCGCCAGACACGGCACCACUAUUACCUACGAUCCCGAGGUCCUCGUCGAGGCAUGGGCACUACUGUACACUGCUGGGCAAGACGAGACCACACUCUGGGAAGACCCAUCAUACGCGUAUGAUGUGGUCGACAUCUCGCGACAGAUCCUCACCAACGAAUUCACAGAGCUCUACCUGCAACUAGUGACCCUCUACAACUCGACCAGCUCUUCAGAACUCGACUCUGACAACUACACUCAAUCAAUCAAUAACCUAGGCUCGACCAUGCUCUCCCUUCUCUCAUCACUCGACAUCGUCCUCGACACCAACCGCCACUUCCGCCUUUCCACCUGGAUCGCUGCGGCCCAACAGUGGGCCGACCCGGGCAACGAAAACGAAACAGCUUAUUUCGAGUACAACGCCCGCAAUCAAGUCACACUGUGGGGACCGACGGGCGAGAUCAACGACUAUGCCUCCCGGGUGUGGAGCGGGCUGGUUGCGUCGUACUAUCUCCCUCGCUGGAACGAGUUUAUGAACUACAUCUCGACCCAUGACAGGACCGAGUAUAAUCAGACGGAGCUGUCGGCGAAUUUGCUAGGCUUCUCGGAGCAGUGGCAGUUGCAGACGACGCAGCCAGCACUCAAUCAGACUGAUAGUGGCGGGACUCGGCUUCGCGAUGUGUUGGUGGGACUGGGAAACCAGUGGCCUGACUUGUUUGUUCUGCCCUGA